AUGUCUUUUCGCGGCGACGACCAGCGAAGAUAUGGCCAUGUGCCACCUGUGCAGUAUCCGGUCGCCGGCCGCGGCCAAGAGUACCAGCAACAGCAGCAGCAGCAACAGCAGCAACAACAACAACAACAACAGCCGCACUCAUCCUACGACGAUAUUGGACGCCGAGCUAGCUUCAACGGUGGAGACGACGCUGCUUAUAUUCAACCACCCGCCAACCGAUCUCCUGCCUUUGGUGGCUCAGGAGAGGAUGAGCUCUUCAUGAAUAACAAUGCGGCGGCCCGGCCAGGCUACGGUUCCACGAACAACGCGCUGUCGGGCUACCAGCACCAGUACCAAGAUGUACCCCCCACGCCGACAUACUCAUACAAUCCUCAAAGUUUUGCGCAAACUUCAGGCUUCUCGCGGUCGACAUCCACCAAUGCUCUACCAUUCCGCAACCAGCCCCAGCCUCAGCCCCCCUCGCGCUAUGCUUCGAAUGCCAGCUCCUACACACCGCAGGCUUACGACCCUUCUGCUUAUGCAAGCACCAAUGUCCCACAACGACAAGCUUCUUACCAAGGAUACAAUACAUAUGGCCAGUCAUAUGGGGCGCAAACAUCCCCUGGCUUCAAUCACUCUACAGGAAGUUAUCCCCAAUCGGUGGCUUCUCCUGCUUUAUCGUCCGGGUUUGAGCAGCCGUUACGGAGCCCCUCACUCAAUGCAUCGCCAGGCGUAGCACAGACCUCGGCAUAUGACCAGUCUUAUAGCCAAUACCCAGGCCAAUUGUCUAAUGGGGGAGGAUCUUUUUCAAGCGCUUCGCAGCCUCCAUAUCCUACCGCGACGCAAAUGCCAGUCGGGCCAUAUUACUCCCCGAAUGAGCAUAAUUCACUAUAUAAUAGAGGGUCUCGUUCAAACUCACAAGCCUCGCCUAUGGGAUCACCUGCGAACCCUGGAUCAACAUCACCCGGACUGCAACGGCACCCGACGAAUGCACCCUUGCCAAGUCGUCCUGUCGACGAUGAGCUCACCUGGAGUGCCGGACAUGAACGCAUUACGAGUGACAACCUUAUGCAAGAGUUGGAGCUAGAAUUGGGCGGUUCUGGACAAGGCUACCGUCCGCUUCCUGAGCCUGAGAAUGGUCAUUAUGAUGACGAUCUUCAUGGCCAGCGAUUGCAACGUUUUGACUCAGGUGCCACUACGAUUCCUAACAAUGCUAGCCGAACGACAUCCACGCGAACUGGUCAGACAGCUUAUGAGCCUGAGGAAGAUGAUGACGCAUAUGGUGAGGCUGGUCUGAUGGCCAUGCGGCAAGCUGAGCUUGACGAACAGCGCUUCAGUACCGGCUUCGGAUAUACGGACAUGCCUGCUAUGCCAGAACCCUCUCCAGAGCCGGCUCCUAUCAACUCUUUGCCACCGAAGGCGUUACAUACUCACCCUGAAGAGCAAGGCCACAGCAGCGACAGUGAUUUUGCUGGUGUAGACUUAGGAAUGCUAGGGGGUGGAUUUGGUGGCACUUUGACAUACGGCGGGGAUGUUGGAUCUCCACCCGCCUCAUCCGGCCAAGAUACUGGUCGACCCCUGCCCACGCCAGGCUAUUUCACCCGUGCAUAUGAUCAAGGGGAAAGCGUGCCUGCGUUCAAGACGGCAGAAAUAGACUACGGCGGUACAGGAGGCUUGCAGCCCCCAACACAACAUCGGCUGAGCUUCGAUGAGGAGGACGAACGAGUAUCACUGCGGUCUCGACAGAGCGGAACGGAGUCUCCUAGUAAGGAUGAACUGCAAGAUCUGUUCUACCACCCGGGACUAUCAAACCGACCCCUCCCAGCUAUCCCGGGGCCAGGAUCCGAUAGCAGCUCGAUGCUCUCGGUUCAGACCAACAACCGACAGCAAUACCAACACGCAUACUCACGUAGUACCGAUUCGCGAUUUGGUGCGCCGGAUAACCCUGAAGCUUACUAUACGGGCAAUCAAGCUUACAACCUGCAACCCGAACGAUCCAUCUCUUUGGCUGGUCAUAGCCAUACUCCUCAGGUGCAAACACCUGCUCGAUCCAGGACUGAUGCUGCCGAAGAAAGGAGGAAGCUCGCCAGGCACGGCCAUCAGCAAGUGCCAUCGAACCAAUCUUUCCCGGAAUACGAGACUCCUGCUGGCUCGAUAGCGGCCUUUGAUGGAAUCACACUACCAAGCGGCCGAAAGAAGAAGUUCAUCCCUUCCAAGCUUUAUGCCUCUGAUUUCCGCAGAUGCACUGAGCCAUGGGCGCUCAGCGGUCUUGAAAAUUGGAUUCGUGAGAUGGGAGAAGGUGAGAUGGAUCUAAGGACCAAGACGAUCGAGGAGGCUUUGAUCAACCUCUUCACUGGCAAGAUUCCCAUGAUGAAUGUGGCGGAUGCCGAAGUUCUUAGCACACAUGUAGUAUCACUGAUGCUGGAACGAGGUGUGCUUGUGCCUGAUGAAGAAUGGGUCAAAUUUGGAAACGGCCGCAUCUCUGGAGUUUUGUGGCAACUGACCGGCUCUGGUUGCUAUGCUCCCAAGGUCCACGACGAAGAGAUUGGUGGUCGGUGCUACUCUCAUCACUGCACGCGUACCAUCAAGAAGGUUGACUUGGAGGAGCUCGCCCAGGACUCUCAACCUGCAGACGAGUGGCACGUCUUUUAUGGUCUUACAAAGGCCGACUGGGAAUCAAAGCCCAAGAAGGAGGUCGAGCGUCAGAACAUUUUACACGAAAUUGUUACUGGCGAGGAAAACUAUAUCAAGCAAUUGGAUAUCUUCCGCAGGUAUUACAGGGAUCAGCUUCGGGCCAUGCAACCCCCUGUCCUGAAGCCCGAGAAGCGAGACAAGUUUUUACAUACGGUGUUUGGAAAGCUUGACCAGGUCCAGGCAAUCAACAAGGACCAUCUUUUGUCGCAGCUCAAGUAUCGGCAACAAGAGCAGGGUCCUUGGAUCAUCGGCUUCAGCGAUCUGUUCCGAGAAUGGAUUCGCAAGGCCAAAUCAGUCUAUAUCGAGUAUGCUUCGGCUUACCCCAACGCAGUCUAUCAGGUUCGAAGGGAGGCCGAUCGCAAUAUUCUCUUCAAACGAUUCUUGGACGACAUGCAGAAGCAAAAGGUGUCUUCGAAGCAAGAUUGGACACAUUACUUGAUCGCGCCUAUUCAGCGCCUUCAGCGUUACUCCCUUCUACUCGACAGCGUCGAGAAAAAGAUGCCAACCGACAGCGAGGAAAAGACGAACUUAGCCAAGGCCAUCGCGGAAAUCCGGCAAGUCACUCUCGAGUCCGAUCUCAAGGUCGAAGAACAAAACAAGAGAGUCGAAAUGAUGGAACUGAACAGAAUGCUCGUGCUGCGGCCAGGUUUCCAUUCUGUUUUGAAUCUCGACCACCUUGGCCGUGAGUUGAUCUUCCAAGGUGACCUACAAAGAAUGGGAUCCAAGGGAGUUAGAUGGGUUGACACACAUGCUUUGCUAUUCGACCAUUACAUGAUCCUGGCCAAGACGGUGACUCCCAAGGAGGGCAAGGACAAGAAGUAUGAUGUUUCCAAGGAGGCGCAGCCCAUCCCCAUGCCUCUCCUGUUUCCUGAGAGCAUCAACGACGAACCGGUUCAGAAGCAAAAGGGCAUCACUGCUCCAUUGGGAAGAACUACGGCGGCGGCCGCCUCCAGCACUCAACUUAACAAGGUCAGCAGUAACACUAGUAGACCUGGUCUGGAGCACGCAGCGACAAACUCGUCUAUGGCCUCUGGUACACCGACCGGCUCGAACGACACUGAAGGAAAGAUCCUGUAUCCGUUCAAGGUCAAGCAUCUGGGUCACGAGGUUUAUACUCUGUAUGCAUCGUCAGCCAAGGAUCGUGCCGACUGGUGCAACAUGAUUAUCGAAACCAAGACAAGGCAUGCCAAGGCACUCUUCUCUCAAAAUGCUGAGCCAUUCAGGCUGCGGGUUCUCGCGGAUGCAGCUUUCCACUACGACACCGCCUCCAUGUACGCAAGGUUCUCCAGUGUUGCAGUCAAGGGCACUCCUCUUGACCGGGCAAUUCACGAGUUGGAGAGCGUGCUAGGACCAGCCCAGGGCGUCGCCCCUGUAUGCCGUGCUCAAGUUAACUGCGCUACCAGCUUCACUGCCUUUGGCAAGUCUGUUAUCGCGAUCGGAACUGAUUACGGAGUUUAUAUCUCGGAGCCAUCAAAUCCUCGUGGAUGGCAGAGGACGGUCCCAGCAACUCGUGUCACUCAAAUUGCUGUCCUUGAAGAAUUUUCUGUCUGCGUGCUUAUUGCCGACAAGAACCUCAUUUCAUAUCCUCUAGAUGUGGUCGCCCCAGUGUCUGACUUCUCGGCCCCUGUAAAUGAUAGCCCUCGACGGGCACCACAGAGACUUGCCAAGGAUGUCACCUACUUUGCGACAGCUAAGAUGAAGGACAGAAUGCUCCUGUUCUACAAAAGAAAAGAAGGCCUGCAUACAUCAUUCAAGGUUCUCGAGCCUAUCUUCCAGAAGUCUACCGAGAAGAAGUCUCGGCUCUUUGGCGGACGAAAGACCGGUGGCGGUGGAUGCGCGGAGACAUUCCGCGACUUUGACGAAUUCUUCUUCCCAACUGAGUGCUAUUCCCUUAGUCUGUUCCAAACAUAUAUUGCAGUUGCGACAGCGAAGGGAGUCGAGAUGCUCACCCUGGAUAAGAAGCAGCCUAUGUCUAUUCCCGACCUUAAGGCGCCUGCAAUUGCCAACAUUGCCAGCCGCAUCCGAGAUCAGAAGCCGCUCGGCAUGUUCAGGCUGAACGAGAACGAAUUCAUCGUGACAUAUGAGGACUGCGCUGUAUACGUGGACAAACACGGCGAUGUCAGCCGCACGCUGAUCAUGGAGUACACGGGCAAACAGAAGAAGGCCCGUGGUGCGACCAUGUAUGGACAGUAUCUGCUCCUCUUUAACGAGGACUAUGUUGAGGUGCGCAACGCGGAGAACGGACGAUUGCGCCAAAUCAUCGCCGGUCGAGACGUGCGCGUGCUCGAUCUCGGCGUCCGUGGGCCGACUGGCCGAAGCACGUUGAAUCCGCAGUCACACAGUAACGGAUAUAUGCAGUCGACAAGCGCGGGUAGCGAAGGGUCAAAGGGCACCGUCAAGAUUGCCAUGGCCCAUCCGGAGCUCCCAGGUCGGCAGAUCGUUUUGGAGAUGCUUUUGAACGACGGACACACGGAGAAAUGA